UGGAAUCCUCUUCGGUUCUAGUUACGUCUGAUAAAAGGAAAACUUUUGAUUCAGUUGAUUCGGUUUCUGUUCACCUGUUCAGGUAAAGACAUCUACAGGAAAGUCCAGGGCCGAGACCGUCGCGCGCCCUCCAAUAUCAUCAGCAUCACAGAUGGAGUGUGUGAGGAGGCUUUGACAAAGAAGGAGGAAGAAGAGAGGCGGAUUGCGGAGAUGGGACGACCAAUGUUGGGCGAACACGUCCGUCUUGAAGUUAUCAUUGAGGAAUCAUAUGAGUUCAAGAGCACGGUGGAUAAACUCAUCAAGAAGACCAAUCUGGCUCUGGUCAUUGGGACGAACACCUGGAGGGAGCAGUUUGUGGAGGCCAUCACUGUCAGUUCAGGUGAUGAUGAUGAUGACGGUGGUGAAGAAAAAAUGCCCUCCUGUUUCGAUUACGUCAUGCACUUCCUGACGGUCUUCUGGAAGCUUCUAUUUGCCUUUGUUCCUCCGACGGACUACUGGAACGGCUGGGCAUGCUUCGUCGUCUCCAUUAUUGUCAUCGGCAUGCUGACCGCCAUAAUCGGAGACCUGGCCUCACAUUUUGGCUGCACGGUCGGCCUCAAAGACUCAGUUACUGCGGUGGUCUUUGUUGCUUUGGGGACUUCAGUACCAGACACCUUCGCCAGUAAAUUGGCCGCCAUCCAGGACCAAUACGCCGACGCCUCCAUUGGGAAUGUCACUGGAAGCAAUGCUGUCAACGUCUUUCUUGGAAUAGGUGUGGCGUGGUCCAUUGCUGCCAUCUACCAUUACAGCAAAGGGCAGGAGUUUAAGGUGGACCCAGGAACUCUGGCCUUCUCUGUAACUCUCUUCACCAUCUUUGCAUUCAUAUGCAUUGCUGUCCUGAUUUACCGGCGCCGACCAUCCAUCGGAGGGGAGCUUGGUGGUCCACGAAUUCCUAAAAUCCUCACCACUACCCUGUUCUUUAGCCUGUGGUUGAUGUACAUCGUCUUCUCAUCGUUGGAAGCUUACUGCCACGUUAAGGGCUUCUAGAAGUUCUGCUUCGAACUGAAAUUCAGGUUCUGAUGGAUUCUUAUUGGUUCCAUUCAAUUCCUGCAGGUUCUAACAGGUUCCUAUAAUGUGUGUUUUUUGAAAGGUUACUAGGGUUUGUAAGAGAGUCUGAUGAAUUAUGGGUUCCUACAGAUUCCGAUGAUUCUGGCCUCGUAACCCUAGGCAGGAUUUGUCAGAUUGCUGUAACAAAGAGGUUUGAGUCAUUUCUGCUGGUUUCUUUGACGUUCUGUUAUUUUAUUUCUGAGCUUCUUUUGGAAUGCUCGGUCCCAUUUUUAGCUGCGGUUACUGGUGUGUUGGAAUUUUUUAGUGGUGUUGUUAAACAGCCAGUUUUUGGUGUUCUGCUCUCUGCCGAACCAUUU